CGCAAAAGGCCCGAGCCUUGGUUGUGGCCAGUUUCCGUCGGGUAGGCUGGAGGUUCCUUUCGUGCGCGGGAGGUCGUGGGGCUGACUCUGAAUAUCGUGUGCUGCGUGGUAAACCUCAGGCUGACAAGGUUGACUUUUUUUAUUUAUUUCAGUCAAAAUGCAGGGAAACAGAGGCUAUAGGAUGGAGCAGCAGAACCACGCUCAUAAGAGGCCACCGCAUCAUCAGUCCCAGUAUCACCAGUAUGAUCCCGACGCUGAAUCCCCUACUAAUGGACAGCAGAACACCAGCUCCAAUGAAGGAAUCACUAUAGAUCUAAAGAAUUUCCGGAAACCAACUGAAAAGACUUUCACUCAGCGCAGUCGUCUCUUUGUGGGUAACCUACCCAAUGAUGUUACAGAAGAGGAAAUGCGGAAAUUGUUUGAGAAAUAUGGAAAUGCAGGCGAGAUCUUCAUACACAAGGACAAAGGCUUUGGUUUUAUCAGGCUGGAAACACGGACUCUGGCAGAGAUAGCGAAGGUAGAGCUCGAUAAUCUUCCUCUCCGUGGUAAACAGCUGCGUGUCCGCUUUGCCUGCCAUAGUGCGGCAUUGUCUGUGCGGAACCUUCCUCAGUUUGUGUCUAAUGAGCUUUUGGAAGAAGCCUUCUCAAUGUUUGGCCAAGUGGAGAGAGCUGUAGUUAUUGUGGAUGAUCGUGGAAGACCAACAGGCAAAGGAAUUGUUGAGUUUGCAGCUAAACCUGCAGCCCGGAAGGCUCUUGACCGCUGCGCUGAUGGGUCUUAUCUUCUUACUGCCUUCCCCCGUCCUAUAACUGUGGAACCUAUGGAUCAACUUGAUAACGAUGAAGGAUUACUUGAGAAACUUAUUCCUAAGAAUCAAGCCUUCCACAAGGAGAGAGAGCAACCUCCUCGCUUUGCUCAGCCUGGAAGUUUUGAGUAUGAAUAUGCAAUGCGCUGGAAAGCUCUCAUUGAAAUGGAAAAACAGCAGCAGGAGCAGGUAGACCGAAACAUUAAAGAAGCUCAGGAGAAGAUGGAGCUGGAGAUGGAGGCAGCAAGACAUGAGCACCAGGUUAUGCUUAUGCGGCAAGAUUUAAUGAGACGCCAGGAGGAAUUGCGUCGAUUGGAAGAAAUGCAUAAUCAAGAUGUACAGAAGAGGAAGCAGCUUGAACUGAGGCACGAGGAAGAACGCAGGAGACGUGAAGAAGAAACUCGUCGCCAGCAAGAGGAAAUGCUCAGGCGUCAAGAAGGCUUCAAAAAUGCUUACCCCGAUUCAAGGGAAGCUGACAUGAGGAUGGCACAGAUGACUAUGCCUGGGUCCAUGGGAAUGAACAAUCGUUCAUCACUAGGCAACAGCAAUGUCCCUGCAGGAGCAGCCGCAGCAACAGGAUCUGGUGCCAUGAUGCCCGAAGCAGCUGCAAUUGGCAUGACUCCACCGGCAGCUGACCGCUUUGGCCAGCCCGCCAACAUUGAAGCCCUUGGUGCAACUAAUCAGCAAGCUUUCCAGCGCGGCACACCAGGAGCUGACUUUGGUCCUAAUAAGCGUCGUAGAUACUGACAGCCUCUUUUUGUUUAGUUUUUUUUUUUUUUAAUGUCAUCAGCCGUAUGAGUUGCCCAAGAUUAGUGUGACUGGAUUUGUAUUGGUAGUGUUCAUGUUGUAGGGCAUUUUCUGGUGCAAAUGGAGACCAGUCCUAUGUUUUUAGGCACACUUUGGGGAGGGGAUAAGGGGUGGGAGGGAAUACUGCUUUAAAACUGGUGACCUUCUAAUGUGAACUUCACAACAAAUAUACUGCUGACCAUCUUUUCUAGCAGAAAAGGCUUAACCCCUUUUGGACAAUUCUAAGCUGUAAAUUGCCACUGUGCCUCCCAUUCCCACCUCUUUGGUCCACCAUACCUUUUGAGUUAUUGUUCCUGAAAAGCAACCACAUAGCUGACCUGAGCUUUUGUGGUAAAGAUCAUAUUUUUUUUAUAUGUAUUUUUUUUUCCCCCAUUCUGGACCAUACUGUAUGUAGUAUUGUUUUUGUAUAAUGUUUUUUAUUUCUACAUCAUGAUAAUUUUGUCCACUUGGCUAAAUGUUCUAGUGUAAGGUAUCACUAAAGUGUCAUGGCUUUUCAUAUGUUCUAUUAACCUUCCAAUGGCAUCACAUCACCUCCCUCAAUGUCUAAUCCUCAGUAUUUUCUGGAGGAGUUUAUUGAUUACUUGGCAAUGUGGAAACAGUUCAUAAAUAAAUGGGAUUUUAA